AGCAACCAAGCUCCCGGUCUCCACAAGCCUACACACAGUCAGCUAAACUUGGAAGCCGCCGAGGACACUGACUGAGAAGGACGAGAACUGAUUAUUUUCACACACACUCUCUGCAGAUAGCUCGCUAGCAGCUCCUGCAAACGACGAGGACCGGCAACGGCCGCUGGCGCUCCUCGAUCCAUCGUCGCCGGGAACGGCUGCGGUGCCAUGCGAGGGCGCAGAUUGGCUAUUAGCGAACUUCCUGCCGCAUUGUGUCCACACAGGAAGAGCUGGCCGGUCCUGAUACCGAUCCGACCGAUGCCUCUGGUUUACUUACAAAACACCGCAGAAUGAGACGCUGCUAGGUGCAGAGCCAGUGGAGCAGCUGGAGAAAACAGUGGGUUCAUGAGCCACCACUUCCUAAUCAAAACUCCAGUCUGACCGGGCAAAACAAGAGGAAAAAGGAAAGACUGCUGCCUGGUCCAGGAGUUUUCAUCAUGACUCCACAUCCUGUAAUUCAAGCAGUCAUUGACUUUGCAGCAGGAGCGGCAGGGGGUACGGCCUGCGUGCUAAGCGGUCAGCCGUUUGACACCGCCAAGGUGAAGAUGCAGACGUUCCCCACCCUGUACCGCGGCUUCAUCCACUGCUUCAUUUCAACUUUCAAACAGGUGGGACUCCGCGGUCUCUACAAAGGGACCACGCCGGCCCUCCUCGCCAACAUCAGCGAGAAUGCGGUGCUCUUCUUGAGCUACGGCCUGUGCCAGGACGCUGUCCGCCUCUUGUUGCGGAUGGAUAAAGGAGCAGAGCUCAGUGACAUCCAGAAAGCCUCAGCAGGGUCUUUAGCCUCCAUCUUCUCCUCCUUGGCCUUGUGUCCCACAGAGCUGGUGAAAUGUCGCCUGCAGGCCAUGCAUGAAAUGGAGGCGACCGGAAAGGUAGCGAAAGGACAGAGCUCUGUCUGGUCCGUAGUUAAGACCGUGCUGAGGACAAAUGGUCCUUUAGGUUUCUACCAGGGACUGACCUCAACCAUUGUCAGGGAGAUACCAGGUUACUUCUGCUUCUUUGGCGCCUAUGAACUGUGUCGGACGACAUUUGCACACCAUAUGGGCACAGACAAAGACAGUAUAGGCAUUCUUCCACUCAUGUUCAGCGGUGGGUUUGGAGGGGCUUGUCUGUGGCUGGUGGUCUAUCCAAUAGAUUGUGUGAAGUCCAGGAUCCAGGUCUACUCCUUAGCUGGGAGGCAAGAGGGUUUCAUUAAAACGUUCCUGAGUAUCAUACGCACUGAGGGGUUCACUGCUCUGUACUCCGGUUUGACUCCUACCAUGAUUCGCACCUUCCCUGCCAACGGAGCACUCUUCCUGGCUUAUGAGUCCAGCCGCAGGUUUAUGAUGGACACGGUGGGUGCCUGAGGGGCAACAGCUGUCCCGGAGAAACGCUGCGUCCAGUAUUUUGCUUCUCCAAGUAUCUUCUAAUGAGACAGUUCUGAUUAUAAACUGAACAUUAAAUGUCUGUACUGUGCUGGUCAUGGUCAUUUGAAAUAAAGUUUUAAUCUUAAAAA